GUAAAUAAAAUAAAGCAAACGUGAACUCAAGAUACCAGUUGCCAAAUUAAACAACCGAGGACAGUCUCACAAAAUAUUUUCACUGACACUGCCAGUUUAAAACAGGAUCCUUUGGAGAAACACCUCAUUGCCACACCAUGAUUCCUAUUCGUAGGAUAUUUAGCCUUGUCGUCAUAAUUGGAGCUAAUGUUCUGCUGUAUGUAAGUUGGCAUAUGAAAAUACAACAACAUUUUCAAAAGAAUAUGGUAAGAAUGUCACAAGUGGAAGAUGAAGCUACCAUGGAUGGUCCUCGUCCACACCUGGACCCUGGGAUUAUGUUUGUGGAAACAACAGACAAUGUGGAGCUGAAGCCAUUGGUGAUGUGCUCAGUGGAGUCUGCUGCUCGUCAAAACCCAGAUAAACCAAUCUAUUUCUUCAUGAAGGGGUUCAGUGGCAACUUGAGCCAAUAUCCAGAGCCUAAGUACAGACUCAUCCCGUUGCUCUCCUCAAUGAAGAAUGUUGUUCUUCUACCUUUAAACGCUACCGAACUGUUUGAUGGUACUUCAUUGAAAUUCUGGUAUCAAAAGGUAAAUCCAGAAAAGGAGAGGUUUUGGACCCAUGUGUUUGCUGAUGGCUGCAGAUUAGCACUGCUGUGGAAAUAUGGGGGCAUCUACCUGGAUACUGAUAUUAUAUCAAUGAAGCCAAUGCCGUUUACUAACUUUACAUGCCCUCAGACUGCUGGAACUGUCAGUAAUGGGGCAUUAGGUUUCUCACAUAGGCAUCAUCCUGUUUUAUGGAAUUGCAUGGAAGAUUUUGUGGCCAAUUACAUUGGACAUAUUUGGGGUCAUCAAGGCCCUGGACUGCUUACCCGUGUGCUGAAGAGAUGGUGUCAGACGAAUAAUCUAGCUCCCUUCAUUGGCAAAGAAUGCAACGGCAUCUCUUUAUGGAUCCGAGAUCGGUUCUACCCAAUCCCAUAUCUAGCUUGGAAGAAGUACUAUACUCCUUGGAAAAAGAAGGAUAUAGAGCAGACCUUCUCAGCAACGUAUGGAGCACAUGUCUGGAAUUAUAUGAAUAGAAAAGAUAAAAAGGAAAUCAUUGUUGGAUCAUUAAUUGAACAUUUUUUUCAGUUGUAUUGUCCAACUACAUAUGGAAAUGUAAUUCAGUUGAAUUAUAGUUCAUGGUGAUUUAUGCCCUGAUGUUCUUGUUUUAGUAUGUCUAAAAGUGUGUUUUAGUGUUUAUAAGUGUGUUUUAGUGUGUGGGGGGGGGGUGAGGGCGGGAAUUGGGGAAACUGUGUUUUGGUCACUUACCUCGGUGGAAAGCGACUUUUCUCCUUGUUGCAUUUCGUCCUCCCUCGUGGCCUAACAACUUGGAUUGGUGCAGCCUUUCCCGGAGUCAUGGAGCCAGGCCAUCCCCUGCCGGGGGUCGCUAGAAGAAGUGCUCCGAUCACUUGCCCGCGGAGUACGACAUCCUGAAGCCGCGGUCUGCGGAACCUCCAACUGCGGGCGUGGCGUGGACUUUCCAUCGCGGAGAGGGUGAGCCAGAAGAAGUGCUCCGACUGCCGGCCUGUGGCCUAUAAUAUCCUGAAGCCGCGGUCUGCGGAGCUUCUAGCCGCGGGCGUGGUGUGGGCUUUAAGAGCUAUGACCGUCGGCCUGUGGUCUAUAACAUCGUGAAGCCCCAGUCUCUGGUAGGAAGCGGCCGAAUCGGGACCUCCAAGAGUGUUCGUCCGUCAAAAACAUUGGAAAUUCGAGCAUCCCGACGACUAUACAUCGGACCAUCCAUAGGGUUGACAGCGGAGGGUUCAUGGCCACGAGCACGGAUGGACAAAGGAGGAGGACUGACAAAGUUAUUGCCUUCCACCACAGUGAAGAAUGUUGAUUCCACUGUGGUGGAUGUUCAUGUUAUAUUCUAUUGUGUAUGGUUCUUUAUUGUUUGUAUGGCCACAUGGUAAAUCAAAUUCCACUGUACCUCAAUUGGUGCAUGUGGCAAUAAAUGUGAACUUGAACUUGAACUUGAUAUUGUACAAUGGAUGAAAAAUUUAACGAUGGAUUUUCAAAAGUUAUAGUAUAAAUUGUAUAUAUAAUCUCCUUUGAGCACAAUUGCAAUUCAUGACGUAUUCAUUUGUUACAGAGAAAGGUUGAACAAGUUAGGUCUUUAUUCUUUGGAGCGCAGAAGGUUAAGGUGGGACUUGAUAGAGGUCUUUAAAAUGAUGAGAGGGAUAGACAGAGUUGACGUGGAUAAGCUUUUCCCACUGAGAGUAGUGAGGAUUCAAACAAGAGGACAUGACUUGAGAAUUAAGGGACAGAAGUUUAGGGGUAACAUGAGGAACUUCUUUACUCAGAGAGUGGUAGCGGUGUGGAAUGAGCUUCCAGUGGAGGUGGUGGAGGCAGGUUCGGUUUUAUCAUUUAAAAAUAAAUUGGAUAGUUAUAUGGACGGGAAAGGAAUGGAGGGUUAUGGUCUGAGUGCAGGUAGAUGGGACUAGCGGAGAAUGAGUGUUCGGCACGGACUAGAAGGGCCGAGAUGGCUUGUUUCCGUGCUGUAAUUGUUAUAUGGUUAUAUGGUUACACUUUGUUUUCUGGCAACUGUUCUUUUAUUCUGCAUCCAGAUCCAGUUCAGGUGCCAUUUAAAUUGGAAUGAAACACCAAUUUCUACCCAAAAAAAUGACACAGAGUGCUGGAGUAACUCUGCAGGUCAGUCAGCAUCCCAAUAGAACAUGGAAAAGGUGAUGGAGUGAGACAAAGAAGUUGCAGAAUUGCAAAUUGUGAAGCCAGAGGAAGGAAUGUAUGUGGAAGUUAUCACGGAGGUAGAAAUAGGUACACGUCCAGGGGCACAGUUGAGGACGGGGGACGGGGGUAAGAGGAAAACGGGGUCUAUUUCUGACCCUCAGUUUGUGUGAUGUAUCUCUGCAGUGAAUUUGCAGCAGCUGUCCCACAGUCAACUCACCAUAGACCAGUGAAGUACUUGCAUUUUACAGGUCUUUCUGGUGAAAUUGUAUUUACAGAGGAAACAAUAGCGAUUUUUCUAAAUACUGUAUAGAUCUGUCAAAAUGUUACGUAUUUUGUAUUUGGAAGAAUAAUAAUUCUGUUUGUGCUAAAAGAGUACAACGUGGCAUUAUUUUAUAAUUCAGGGUAUGACAUUGUAAAAAAAAAUAAAGAAUACAAAGCAAGUGAAAUUGUUUCCAGGCAAAAUAAAAAUUGAUGUUAAGGGAGUGCUUGAUAAAAUAGGGAUGGCCUUUACUUUUCAAUGUGGGAAAUGAUUGAAAGGGAUCAGGAAGAUAGAGCCCUUGAUUCAUUAAUCUGUACUCUACAGAAACAUGUCUUUUUUGCCCCAAUUUGUCCAUGCCAACUUGGUUAGCAUUCUGCGAGCAGUCAGUAUUAUGGUCGAGGAGGCGCUGAAAGUCUUAAUACAUAUCAAGGGAGACAAAUCUCCCGGGCCUUAUCAGAUAUAUCUGAGGACACUGUGAGAAGCUAGACUGAACAUUACAGUGACUCAGGCAGUGAUUUAUGAGCUAUUAUUAAAUCUGUGUCAGGUGCCAGAAGACUGGAGGGUGACAAAUGAUGUAUCUCUAUUUCAGCAAGGUUGCAGGGAAGUACUUAGGAACUAGAGGCCAGGGAGUCUAACAGCUGUGGUCUGAAUGGCACUAGAGAGUAUUGUGAGUGAUAAGAUCUACAUGCAUUUGUAUUGACAGAGGAUGAUUAGGGAUUGUCAGCAUUGUUUUGUAUGUGGGAGCGUGUCUCAUGUAUCAGAUUGAUUUUUUUAAGAUGUGAUGAUAAAGGUUAACAAAGGCAGAGUUGUGGAUGAUGCAAAUAUGGAAUUCAGCAAGGUACUUAACAAGGUACCGUGUGGUAGGCUGCUCUGGAAGGUUAGAUUGCAUGGGAUCCAAGGAGAAUCAGCCAACAGGAUAGAAAAUUGGCUUCAUGAAAGUAGGCAGAGUGUGAUGAUGGAAGGAGUGAUGGUGCAGAGCUCCUUGAAAAUGGCAUCACAAGUCGAUAAGAUGGUCAAGUAGGCCUUCAGCACAUUGGCCUUCAUUAGUCAGUAUGGUGUAUGGAAGUUGGGAGGUCAUGUCACAGUUGUAUAAGAUAUUGGUGAGACCACAUUUAAAGAAUUGUAUUCAGUUUUUAUCACUCUUUUAUAGGAUAUAUGUUGUUAAGCUACUGUAAAAAGGGUGCAGAGAAAUUUAUGAGAAUGUUGCCAGGACUCAAGGGCAUGAGCUGUAGGGAGAGGCUGACCAGGCUAGAACUUUAUUCCUUUGAGUGCAGGAGGAUGAGGGGUGAUCUUAUUGAGGUGUAUAAGAUCAUGAGAGGAAUAGAUAACAUAAAUGCAGUCUUUUACCCAGAGUAGGGGAAUCAAGAAUCAGAGGACAUGGGUUAAAUGCGAGGGAGAAAAGUUUUAACUGAGGGGCAACUAUUUUUAUAAAAGGGUGGUAGGUAUAUGGAACAAACAGCCAGAGUAGGAUGUUGAGGCAGGUACUAUCACAACAUUUAAAAAACCAUUUAGACAGGUACAUGGACAUGAUAAAUUUAGAGGGAUAUGGCCAAACAGAGGAAGGUAGUACCAGUGUAGAUGGGGCAUAUUGGUCAGCGUGGCAAGUUGGGCUGAAGGACCUGUUUCUAUGUUGUAUGACUAUGACUCUACCUCUUUGAGUUUGUGAUGUCUUUGAUUAUUCAAAAUUGAAAAAAGAACUAUAGAUGCCAGAAAUCCAAAAUAUAAUCGGAAAAUGCUGAAGUCAUACAGCUUCUUUUUUUUAGUUGUAGAGAUGACCACAAGGAAACAGACCCUUCGGCCCAUCAAGUCCACAUCAACCAUCAUCACACAUUCACUAGUUCAAUGUGAUUCCACUUCCCACUUUUCUACACGCUAGGGACAAUGUGGUAUGUAACCUAUCAGAUUAGCCUACCAUAUGCUUGCUAAAGUCCAUGUAGACAACCUUUAAUGUCCUGAACUCAUAAAUCCUCUUGGUGCAAUAAAACUCUAUAAGAAUUGUGACAAACUAUUUCCCACACACUAAACUAUGCUGACUAUCUCUAAUUAGUCCCUACCUAAACAAAUGCUGGUCAGAAACUCCUCCAACAACUUUCCCAACACUCAUGUGUUUAAGAACACUCCCAACACUCAUGUCAGGUUUAUUGACCCUGAAGUUUCUAGACUUCCCUUUGCUGCCUUUAUAGUGGUGCAACAUUAGCCACCCUCCAGUCUCCGGAACUUCACCUGAUAUAAAUUUUUCUGCAAGGCUUUCUGCAAUUUAUUCCCUAGCUUCUUAUAAUUGAAGGAUGCACUAGAUCAAGCCCUGGGAUUUAUCCACCUGAAUCUAUGUUAAAAACAUUAAAAAUCCCUUUUUUGAUAAUUCAAUGGCCUAAGGCUUCACAACUUAAGUACCUCAGUUCCUCAGCUUGCAUGAUCUCCUCAUCAGUAAAAACUGAUGGAAAAAUAAUAAUUUAAUAUCUCCCCCGUCACUUGUGACUCUACAUAAAGAUGAGCAUGCUGAUUGUAAAGGGGGUCUAUUCUCUCCCUAACCAUCCUUUUACUCUUCAUAUACCUGCAGAAUUUGGGGAUUUUUUUUACCUUGCCUUUGAGAUUCAUUUCAUGCCCUCUAGACAUAUAUCAUCAUGCAUUUCAGAAGCUUUUAGAAUAUCCUGGCACAUGGAUAUGCAGGGAUAUGAAUUAUGUGCAGGUGAAGAAGUUUGUGAGAAUGUCUAAUAACUCAGAAUCCAUACAUGAGUAUAAGUUGUUUAUUUCAGAAAGCACACAGAGCUCAAAUACAUUGGUGUUGUGAGCUAAAUGACGAAUCGAACUCGAGGCUGGACCAGCAGGCUAGAUAAUAUGAGACACUCAACCAGAUAGCUGUUUGAGUGUACAGUGGUAUGCAGUAAAACAUGACAUGGAUCACGUCAACUU